CUUCACUUCCUUCACUUCCUUCACUCUCCCAUGCCUCCAUGCCACCAUUUGACUUCUCCCAGCUCAGCAGACUUUGGUGAUUUCCCACUUUCAACCCUCUUUCUCUUUCAACUCUUCACUGCCCUGAUUCAAUUACUUCAUUCCAGCAAACACACUACACAAUCGACCACGACUCUUCCCUCGCACUACUCGACUUCACGGGAUGGGUUUGAAGGGUUGGUUCCCCUUCAUUUGCAAGAAGGGAUACGAGCCCACAGUCAUUCAGCAAUCAGGAACAACAACAACCUCAACCACAUCCACCAAGAGGAUCGAUUUGCUCUCGCGGUUCUCGGUCAUUCGUACCGCCUAUACACAAAACUCUGUAGAAAAGGCCCAUGCGAUCCUGGAAAAGGAUAUUGAGCAGUUCGGUUCCAAGGAUACUGUUAUUGUCUAUGUGGAUGGAGCCCAGGCGCAAGAGAAAGAACACACCGCACAGGCUCGACAGAAGACCCGAGAGAAGGCGGCAAGCCGUUGCAAAGAGGCCUUGGACUUUCUUCAAGACAGGAUCAACCGCAAUUUAAAAGUCCGGAAACGACACUUCACAGAUGUGAAGACAAAUAUGGCAUCAACAUUCUACUGGUCCCUGCCCAUCCGAGCGUCCUUUGUGGAGUAUAUGACCCAAGCGGGAUGGAAGACUGAGGCCGACGUCGCGAUCGCUCGGGACUGCGAACCAGGCGACAUUGUUGUUUCUGCAGAUAGCGACAUGAUGGCCUACCCCAGUAUCUCAACCUUAUGGCGUCCUAUCGCCAGGAACUUGAUCUUGGUAUACAAUCUGAAGGACGUCCGUCGCACUCUCGACUUCUCAGAGGCCAACUCACAGCCCUUGCAGUUCAUCUACUCGCUUGGUGCAGCUACCAAUUACUCUGUUAUCAAAGCCAUCCGAGACAAAGACACCCUGGGUACAGUAGCCGAGUAUCUGAACGAUCCCAAGGUUGCAUCCAAGAAUGCUGCUGUCCGUAACAACGAGGAAAAGACAUUUGAAGUGGCCAUCAAAGUUUUCGUAUAUCUCAAGCAGACUCCUGUCACCAGCAGUCCCCCCUCUGUUGGAAGCCCAGCCUACGGCGAUCUUCACAGACGGUUUUUGGAUCUUUGUGCCCUGUAUAGGCAACAAAAGGAAAACGGCCCUUCACAAACGAGUCCUCCCGAGGUGCCCAUUAUACGACUGCACCACUCUCAUGCGGCGAUCAGGUUCAAGACUGUGGAGUCGCCUGCUGUGCUGAAACGUGUCUCUGGUCACUUGGGAUCAUUGCCAUCACAAGAGCUUCAGUCAGAUGUGCAGGACCAGUCAACUCAACUAGAGAGACACCCACCAUUAGCGAGGGCAAAUAUCCCAAAAAAUCAUGAGGACAGGAUCAACCCAGCGCCCACCGCCAGACAAGAUGAAGGUUUAUAAGUUUAAACCAUACAAGGAAUGGACCGACUCUCCUGAAGACUCAACCCUGGACAGUAAAGCCAAACCCAAGGUCAAGCCCAAGCCCAAGUUCAAGAUCAAGACCCUCGCUACCUCGACUGCAAAUACCAGGAAGCUGGCAGUCAUGCGCCACUUGGCUUACCAUCAUCCCACCUCGUCCCUUAAAGUUGGUACUCUGGCCGCGAACGUCAAGCGAGCAGUACCAAACAAUGGUGUUCUCCACAAGAGGUCAUACAUUGCAUCCGAGAUCUGGUGCAGGAAGCAGCCCGAGUAAAGCGGAAAGGCCAGCAAGUGAUCGGAAAGUUUGUCGACUACAUCAACAAGCAUGGACUAGGACCCAUUGAUCGUCAAUUUAUGGAUCU